UGUUUUUCUCGCCGUGAAGGGGCAAAGUGGGGAAGGAUUCAUGCCGUGGGUCCUGGGAGCAGCAACCAAGGCAGCUCCUCCUGCCUCUACCAUCUGCCGGCUUGCAGAGUUUCUCUGCUGCAAUAACAAUAAUAAAGCUGAGACACCCUUUGGAAUGCGGCAUCUCGGGUGCCCUCGCUCCCCAGUGCAGAGGCAGCUCGUCGUGGGAAGACUCGAGCUCUGCGGCCACGUCCUCACUCACAAACCGAUGCGGGCAGUCAAGAUGUGCACCAAAGAGCGGCAGAAGAGACGAGCAGAGCACCGUAGGAACGGGGGUCGGCCAGAAGAUGUGGCUGAUGGCUAUGUGACUACAUUAAGAUUUGUGUGGGUGGGGUGGUUUGUGGUUUUUUUUAUUUUGAAGGUGCGAAGCUGGAUAUUGACACGGGAGGUGACUCGGGCCAGGUGGGGCGCAAGCCUCAGCGUGGCAACGUGUAAAGGGCAGAGGUGGCGAGGACAAGCGGCUGAGGUAAAGGAGGAAGAGGUGCCGCAGGAGGGCUCGGAGGGGGGGAAGCCACGUGCCCAUGAGCGGUCUGAGAAGGUGAGGCGGUUGUCCGUGUCUAAUAGCACAGCGCUAUAUGGCCCUUUGGAACUGGAAUCGCAUUUGAGGUGCCACAAGCUAUGACAGCCGCAGCGUCCGUCUCCGGACCAAGCAGUGUAGCUGAUGAAGAGGAACCAGGCAACUGCAGGAAUGUCCCAGUUAGCAGAUGUGUGGCGCGCAGUUUUUUUGUUGCGGAUGGAUUCAGAUCCCUGGCCCUCUGAAAGCUAAGUUGAGGGACCAUGGCUGGUGUAGGAAGAGAAUGGGACAAGGUUGGGAUAUGCAGGAGUGGGGUUUUAUGGCUAGUGCAGGGGAGAGGGCUGUCAGGGAGCAGUCCCCCUUGGACGGGCAAAGGGAGCAGGUUACUUGUUGACACGAUGUUAGACUGGGCCGGGCAGGGCAGUUCCAGCCUGUGUCUGUGUUUCUUGUGUAGCCUCUGUUCUGUGUCUUUGCCCUUCCUCGGGUCUUGAUGUCCUCGUUGCUCUGUGUGUUCAAGGAGUACAGUGUCCUUCUCGGGCACCAACCCUGCGGUCUCGAAUGCCCGUACUCAUCUAGCAUAGUGCCAACGGGGCGCUCCUUGUGUUGCGUUACAAGCUUACGGCGUGGAUCGUUCUUGGGUCUUGGAAGCUUCUGAUCGGUCAUCUCUUGUGGUGGUGUUCCAGGCUGUGUCAGUAGCUGCGUUCUCCAGCUGUCCCUUUUCAGGGACUGGGCUUUCUUCCCCGUGUUCUUAGGUCUGAAGCCAGACAUCUUGUGCAUCCCUUAUCUCUGUUUCAACAGCAACUUCUUACAAUGGGCCAUGACAUUCAACUCUUUGGGGGUGGCCACAGAGCCUCCUUGCCUCACCAGGGUGCAGCCCUGUAGGUCGUCUUGCUCAACAGCAUCUCUGGUCCAGGAGUCAUUCUUCUCGCUGAGAGUUUUCUCUCAUCUUUGAGUCACAUUGUUCAUAGCGUUCUGCAUAGUGGUGGGGGCGGGUGCGUGCACGUGCGUUUUGGGCGCGGAGCUGCUCUGCCUGGGUUGUCGAGUCAGAGUCAGAUGGAAUAGCAGUAAGAGUGUAUGUUAGUAUGUCAAUGACAGGAGCCGCCUGGGAGCAGGUGUUCAGGGGUAGUGAAAGCAGACUGAAUCUCAAAGGUGUCAAAGGCUUGUCUGUGUGGGGCUUAAAGUUUGGAAUUUUUUCUUCUAACGGCAGUCUGUCAUUGGACUGUAGAUGGUAUUCCAAAACGGAAAUGAGACCUGUGGAAUCAUUCAGCUAUUGCUCUGCAUCCAGGUGACUUGUUUAAAAAUUUUUUUUCUUUUUUUAGCUGCAGAGGGACAAGAUGUGCAGUCUGGACAAUUUUUCACAAGCAUAACAGUAAUUUUGGGUCUUUUGGUAUCUUAAGUAUCAUAACUGGAGCGCAAAGCGGGGAUACGCAUCUGCAUGCCCUAGAAAGGGGCACCUUGCCUAGAAAUUAGGGUGCGCAGCAGGGAAAGGUACCUGUGUGCCUCUUUCUGUGACACCCCAGUCGGAAAUUGGGGCACAAAGUAGGGAAAUGGUCCAGGGUGCCCCAGCUAGAAAUUGGGGCACAGCAGCUCAAAAUCGAGGUGCUGUCACAAAUAAGAUUUUGUUACAUAGCUUUAGUUGAGAAGCAAUCAGGAGUUGUUAAUAUUUUUGAGAUAGAUAACAAUAUUAGCCUAGAUAAUUAUUAAUAGCACUUAACUAUCAGCCAAUUUAACUAAGCGAUUCAAUGGACCUUAUUACAAUCAAAAUAGCGAGUUAAAAGUUCGAGUGGCAAGGUCGAACCGAAACUUACAGCAGGGCUGCACGCACAGAUGGGCGUUAAAUCAAAUCACACGUAGAGACAGGCUAACAAACAAUCUCGGAUCCAGUUACCCACAUACAGACAGGCAAUGGUUCUAAACCAAAUUGUGCGCGCGCACCCAUGCGGAUCUUAACCUAUGAUUAAAACUUCCCUCUUCAUGAGUUUCAUGACACACUCACUUCUGUAUGCUGGCAUUCGUCAAAGGGUGGUCUUCGAACCCUGCAACAUCAGGCCUUGGAGCCCUUGCAAAACCACGGACGGACGAUAUUUGAAUCCUCUUAAAAUCUGCCCUGUGAGGUGUCCCGGCUCGGGGGAGAUCCUGGGUCACACAGCCCACUGCUGUUACAGAGAACUCGAAGGUCUCACUUUUGGAUCACAAGAUGAUGGCAGUGAGAUGGGUGUAUCGCAUUCCCUAUUAUGUACCAGCCUCCAGGAACAGCCAACGAUACGAUGGACUGCUAAAGACUACUCUGAGAGCAAUGGGCGGUGGCACCCUCAAACAUUGGGACACACAUUUAGCAAAGGCCUCCUGGUUAGUCAACGCCAGGGGAUCUGCCAAUCGAGCUGGCCCUGCCCAAUAUAAACUUCCAUGUACUGUAGAAGGAGAUAGAGCCCCCAUAGCACGUACAAAGAAUACAUUUGGGAAGACAGUCUGGGUUAGCCCCGCUUCAGACAAAAGGAAACCCAUCCGAGGGACUGCUUUUGCUCAGGGACCUGGGUGCAUGUGGUGGGUGAUGCAGAAGGAUGGGGAAGUCUGAUGUGUACCUCAAGGGGAUCUGAUUUUGGGUGGGAAAAGCCAAUAAAUUAAAUUGCAUGAUGUUAAUUGCUAAAUAUCUCAGCUAUGGUAUGUCAUCACUACUACAAUUGCUAUAUGCUCUAUCAAUAGCAUUACCACAAGAAUCACCCAAAUUAAUGGUGAACUUUGAUGAAUUGAGCAAAGCGCAGCAAUAAUGAAACUAAAACCGACUUCAGCAACUGGCCCCCAGCAACUUCCUCAAAAAUCAACAUCUUCAAGGCACAGACCGUGAGCACCCAGGUACACCAGCUGUGAGCUCCGGAAGCGGCCGCAACAAUCCAACAGCAUACAGCAUCGCUCCUGACCUGAGAGACUGUUAUGGCAGAUGGAGCCCAAAGUCAAUGAACUCAACACGCAUUUUAGAGGGAUGGCCUAUAGCCUAAGGGAAUGAUAUC